AUGGUUCGUCAUAAGAAAGACAAUUUCUCUCGAGGGGGCAAGAAAUCCUCUCACCCCCGCCCGCGACCAGUGCCCCGCGGUGAUGGAGCUGAGGCCGGUUCUUCGUCGCGGCCUGCAUUCAAGGCUGCUUGUUGGGAUAUGGGUCAUUGCGACCCUAAGCGGUGCUCUGGAAAACGUCUGAUGAAGCUGGGGUUAAUGCGAGAGCUUCAUAUCGGCCAGCGAUUCCCUGGUGUGAUCAUCUCGCCGAAUGCGAAGAAAGUCGUCUCUCCUGCGGAUAAACAGCUUAUGGAAGAACAUGGUGCGGCGGUAGUGGAAUGCUCUUGGGUUCGCGUCAAGGAAGUGCCCUGGUCGCGGAUCGGUGGAAAAUGCGAACGACUUUUACCCUAUCUUAUCGCUGCUAAUACAGUCAACUACGGAAAACCUUGGCGACUGAACUGCGUCGAAGCGCUCGCGGCCUGCUUCUGCAUUUGCGGACACCAAGAAUGGGCAGAAGAGGUCCUGAAGAACUUCAGUUAUGGACAGGCCUUUUUGGAAAUCAACUCUGAGCUAUUCAAGCUCUAUGCUGCCUGCAGUACCGAAGAAGACAUCAAGAGGACUGAAGAGGAAUGGCUGGCCAAAAUUGAAAAAGAGUACGAAGACAGUCGUGUGGAGGGAGAGGAUAUCUGGGCUGUUGGAAACACCAACCGCUUGCCGCCAACCGGAGGCUCAGACAAUGACGAUGAGGACGAUAGCGAGAGCGGGGAAGACAGCGAAGCCGAGGAAGAAAGCGAAGCCGAGGAGGACAAGGAUCCGUUUGCUAUCUCUGAUGACUCCGAGGAUGAAGAACAGAUGGCCGAGAUUCGGCGUAAGAUCCUCGAGUCAAAAUCUUUCCAAAACCCGUCAGCGUCGGAUAGAGAACAGCCGGAGAGGAUCGCAAAGCCCGAGCCUGCCUAUGUCGACUCUGAUGCCGAAUCUGGCUCGGCGGGCAGUGAAGAUGGAGACUUUGAUAACAUCAUCAACGCUACAACGGUCACAGACCGAACUGGAAUUAAAGAGAUCCAACGCCGACGAGGACAGGAAACAGUCAGCGCCUCCUUCUCACGGGCUGAGGUCUCUGCGCCGAAGCGAUGGUAA